CUGUGCUUUUUCUUGUUCAAGUACAAGUGGGUCCUAUAUGAGUGCGCUGUUGUUCAUUGGUUCAAUGUCAUCAGCAAAGCUCCUGAUGAAGACAUGGGCAUGUGGAUAGUUCAGCCAUCCUUUGAUGGACGUUCACCAAAUAUAUCUGUAAUGCACAUAAAUGCAAUCUACCAUGCGGCUCAUCUCCUUCCUAUCUAUGGUACUGAUUAUAUCCCUUGCAACAUUAAUUUUUACCAUUCAUUAGACACAUUCCAUGCUUUCUACAUCAACAAGUUGGCUGACCAUCAUGCAUUUGAAAUUGCAUUUUAA